GCCCGCCCGGCGCCCCCUGGCCGAGUGAGGCUGCCUGCCGCCUGCCUGCCUGCGCCGGGAUGGCGCCGCUGAGGAGCCGACCCUGCUGCCUGGCCCUGCUGGGGGUGGCGGCCGUCGUGGCGAGCGCCGCGGUCCUGGCGGUGGUCCUGAGCCGAGCCCCCCGCUGCGCCCUGCCCCGGUAUCGGCACGCCGCCCUCGCUGCGGACACGCGGACCUGCUCCCAGGUCGGCAGGGAUAUCUUACAGCAGAGCGGCUCAGCUGUGGAUGCUGCAAUUGCUGCCUUGAUCUGCACCUCUGUCUUGAACCCCCAGAGCAUGGGCUUUGGGGGAGGCGUCAUCUUCACCAUCUAUAACGCAUCCACAGGAAACGUCGAGGUGCUUAAUGCUCGCGAAAGAGCCCCUCGCCAGACCUCUAGCAGUUUGCUGGAUCAGUGCGCAGAGACGUUGCUACCAGGACCUCAGUGGAUUGCUGUUCCUGGGGAACUCCGUGGUUAUGAAGAAGCCCACAAACGGUAUGGCAAAUUGCCAUGGGAGGCUCUCUUUGAGCCCACCAUCAAGAUCCUCGACCCUGGAAUCAGGAUACCCCAGGCCUUGAGUCGGUUUCUCAACCAUACGUUGAUACAGAGCGUUUUGAACAAAACAGCCUUGGGUGAACUCUUUCGCAAUGACCAGGGUGCCAUCUUGAGAACUGGAGACCCUUUCCGCUGGCCAGCCCUGGUGGGCACCCUGAGAGCUGUGGCAGAAAAAGGAGCCAAGGAGUUCUAUGUGGGGAAAACGGCAGAGAAGUUGGUGCAAGACGUAAGGAAGGCAGGAGGCACCUUGACCCUGGAAGACCUCAAGAAUUACCACGUGGACGUGGUGAGCCCCUUGAAUGUUUCGCUGGGUGAAUACACCGCAUACUCGGCCCCUCGACCUGCUGCAGGGCCCGUUCUGUUCUUUAUCCUCAAUGUCCUCAAAGGGUUCAACUUCACCAAAGAGUCCGUGAGCACGCCCAGCAAGCGUGCUGAGGCCUUCCACUACAUCGCAGAAGCCCUGAAGUUUGCCAACAGCCAGAGGGCAAAAGUAGAUGACCCAACAUUUUCCACAGUAGGCCAGGAUGUUAUUCGCAUGAUGAUCUCAGAUGCCUUUGCUGCCCGCAUCAGGCAGCAGAUUGAUAACCAGGGGGACCACCCAGCUUCCCACUAUGACCCUGCCCAGCUGGGGGCAUCGCCGUUUGGCACCUCCCACGUUGCUGUCCUUGCUGAAGAUGGGAGCGCCGUGUCAGCCACCAGCACCAUCAAUCACCCGUUUGGCUCAAUGGUGUAUUCAAAACAAACAGGAAUCAUCUUAAACAACGAACUUGCUGACUUUUGCAUGAAACAGUCAAGCAGAACCAUCUCUGAAGGAGAGAUGCCCCCCUCUUCUAUGACACCAUCCAUCCUCAUUUCCAGAGAUGGCCAGUCAAAGCUGGUGAUCGGAGGCUCAGGCGGGCAGCUAAUUGUCCCAGCUGUAGCACUGGCAAUUGCUAACAAAUUAUGGUUUGGGUAUGACCUGGAUGAUGCCAUCAAGGAGCCUCUUCUCUACGUCACCAGCAGCAACUCGAUUGAAGUUGAGGAAAACUUCAGCCAGGAGGUUGUGACGUUACUGCGUGAAAAGGGCCACAGGGUGAGCCCGACUAAAUUUGCCCUGAACGUGGUGCAAGGCGUGUCGAAGGACGGCCCGUGCCUCUUCCCCUACUCUGACCAAAGGAAGCAAGGGGAAGCAUCUGGCUACUAGCCCCAGCAGCCCUUUUGCCAAGGCGGACCAAGAGUGCCUGAAGGGCCUGCCCGCCCCCUCCGGGCCCCCUGUGCCCUCUCAGAGAGGCUGCUGCAGCUAUGUGACCACUGCUGCGUCCUUCAGAAAAGAUGGCCACUGGAUUCCUCCUUCUCCAUUGCACUUUUCUUUCUCCUGGCUAUAUAAAUGUCUACAUAUAGAUUGAUAUAUAUAUCUAUCUCUCACACACGCACAAGAAAUAGUUUUGGGAAGGAGAGCAGCGACGCACAGUGUCCAGAGCUGAGCCACAUCGUAGCCCCUCACAUUGGUCUGCUGCAGCUGUCUGAGGGGGCGAACACUGAGAUCAGAUGGAGGGGGCGCUCCCAGCUGCAGCCGGCGCCUCCCAGGGGGAAAAGCAAACACCGGCAGCCAGUGGGGGGGGAAAAGAUUCUAGGGUGGAGUAUGGGAGGACCCCGUCAGUCAGUUUGCCACUGCUGUGAAAGGUGCAGGGGAGUGGGAGCAGGAGCAGGGGGGGGUACUCAGUGGCGCCUGUGUUUUGAUGAAGAUGCUUUUGGAAGGCCACUGAACCUCUCACCGGGGCAAUGGGUGCCUCUCGCUCCCCUCAGAGUCGGCCGCGAAGGGGUUCUUAAUGGCCCUCCUGCCGCAAGCUCAAAAGAGGAAAGGGAAUGCACAGAAUCCUUCCCAGGCAAAAGCACGGAGAUGGGGAGGCCGUUGUCAGGCCAAGGGCUGGAUGCUGUUCUGGGCAGCCUCUCAGGGGCCACAUUUCGGGGGGAGCAGACUAGGAAAUGUGAAUUUUGCCUUUGCACAGUGGGCCAGUUUCUGCACACUCUUCCACCCCCUCCCUCUCCAGGCAAGGAAGAGCAUGAUCAGAGCUCAGAGGCGCAUUCCAACAGGCAAAAGCACUUCAAGGGGGUGGGCUGGCGGGCCAAUGGGGGGUCUGAGGGAAUCCCAAAGGCCAGGCGGAGAGGCCCGCAUUUGGCCCUGGCGGCCUGGGGUUCUGCGCUCCCCUCCUUCAGGAGAGGCAGGCACUUGAGCUGGCGGGCAGGAGCCGCCCAUGGCUCUGGGGGCAUCCUCAGCCCUCUUUGCUGGCCAAAGCUUGUGCAAGGCAGCUUCUCCGCUGGGCCCUGAGCCUCUCCUGGCGGCGCAGGCGCAGGGGAGUCAGUGGCACAUCAGCAAAGUCAGGUUGUACAGCAUAAGCGAUCUGGUGCUUUUCUGCAAUAAAGCCGCUUCAAAAAAUUAACAAGAUGGAAGUGAUAGGAAAAUGCCCAGGGAAGGGAGCGCUAAGCUGCUGCUAGCAGGGCAACGGAGAUGUUCAGCCUGUCGGAUACAUGAGAUGGUGUGCUCAAAUGCAGCAGCAGUGCAAAUGUGACAUGAGGGGACAGGACCUUGUUGAUACCAAACAGUUGGCUUCAUUCAGUAAAAGGAUACCCAUGCAAGAAUUAUGAUAUUUCUUCAUGCAAGUUUCAUGUGCAGAGUUUUAUAUUUUUAAUAAAUUGGUUGAUAUAU